AUGGAUCGGAGUUGGAUGUAUGAAAACCGCACUACAUCAGAAUAUGUGCAAGGGGUUCAAGGGUUUAUACAAUAUGCUGAAGAAAAUAGGAGCAAAAAGGCGGAAGAUUUUAUUGUUUGUCCGUGUUGCGAUUGUAAGAAUUUGAGAAGAUAUCGUAAUUCUGAUGAAGUCAAGGCUCAUUUGAUACGCCGUGGUUUUAAAGAAGGGUACAAUAGAUGGAUAUGGCAUGGUGAAAGCUUACGUCCUAGUACUAGUGCAAGUAAGGAAACUCAUAUAAAUAGUCAUGAAACUCAUGCUGCAAACAGUGAAAGUCAAGCAAAUAGUCAAACUCAUGAAGAUAAUGAUGAUGAAGAUAAUGAUGAUGAUGAUGAAGAUAAUGAUCGAAUAGAUGAGAUGAUGCGUGAUGUGCAAGAAGAUUUUAGUGAAAUGCCUCCUGAACUUAAAAGUUUUUUUGAAAAUGCUGAAAAACCUUUAUUCCCUGGAAGUACUAAAUUUACUAAGUUAUCUGCCGUGCUUAAAUUAUAUAAUUUGAAAGCAAAGAAUGGAUGGAGUGAUAAGGGUUUCACGGAAUUAUUAGAACUACUAAAAGACAUGCUUCCUGGUGACAAUGAACUCCCCAAUUCAACUUACGAAGCCAAAAAAAUGUUGUGUCCAUUGGGUAUGGACAUUGAGAGGAUACAUGCGUGUCCAAAUGAUUGUAUUUUGUAUUGGAAAGAAUACAAAGACUUGCAUGUGUGCCCAAAAUGUGGAGCAUCACGUUAUAAAAACAAAGAUUCGUGUGGGAAUAAGAAAGGUCCCCCAGCCAAAGUAUUAUGGUAUUUACCCGUAAUACCAAGAUUUAAACGCAUGUUUUCUAAUCCAAUGGAGGCAAAACAUUUGCAAUGGCAUGCUAUUGGGAGAAAAGAAGAUGGAAAACUUAGACAUCCAGCUGAUUCACCUCAAUGGAGGAAUAUUGAUAGGAGGUGGCCUGAUUUUGGUACUGAAAAUAGAAAUCUUAGACUUGGUUUGUGUACUGAUGGAAUGAAUCCUCAUGGGCCUAAACAACCAGGAAAUGACAUUGAUGUAUAUCUAGCGCCGCUUGUUGAUGAUUUAAAGAUGUUGUGGAAUGAAGGUGUGCCGGUGUAUGAUGCUUAUAGUCGAAGCAGCUUUACCUUACGUGCAAUGAUCUUUUGCACAAUUAAUGAUUUCCCAGCAUAUGGUAACCUAUCAGGUUAUACUACUAAAGGAGCUAAGGCAUGCCCUAUUUGUGAAGAUGAAACUCCCAGUCUAUGGUUGAGUAACAGUAAAAAGAAUGUGUUCAUGAGCCACAGGACAUUUCUCCGUACUGGUCAUCCUUAUCGGAAGAAGAAAAAGCCUUUCAAUGGAAAAUCUGAGACUCGAGUAGCUCGUUUGCCUUUAUCUGGACAUGCGAUUUAUGAACGUGUUAAGAAUGUUGCUGUUGAUUUUGGCAAGACUUGUAAGACUACUCAAAAGAGUCUUUGGAAGAAGAGUAUUAUUGGGACACUAUUGAACAUUCAAGGAAAGACGAAAGAUGGUGUUAAGGCUAGAAAGGAUAUGGUUCUUUCUGGUUAUUCAUCAAAUAUUAAGAAACUUGUGUCGAUGAAGGACCUUAAGUUGAUUGGCAUGAAGUCUCAUGACUGUCAUGUAUUAAUGCAACACAUGUUACCUAUUGCAAUCCGAGACAUCUUACCGAAACAUGUUAGAGUGGCUAUAACAAAACUGUGUUUCUUUUUCAAUGCUAUUUCCAAUAAAGUUAUUGAUCUAGAUGUGUUAGAUGAUCUGCAGGCUGAUGUGAUGUGUGGUCCGGUUUUUAUGAGGUACAUGUAUCCGUUUGAAGGAUAUAUGGGAAUAUUGAAAGGAUAUGUGAGAAACCGGUAUCGACUUGAAGGGAGUAUAAUUGAAGGUUAUGGUGCUGAAGAGGUCAUUGAUUUUUGUACUGAGUAUUUAGCUAAUGUUGAGUCUAUUGGUGUUCCUAAGUCUCGUCAUGAAGGAAGACUCACUGGAAAGUUCAAAGAUACAGUGAUGAAAGAGUUAGCUAAAGUGCCAAAUACUGCUAGCGAAACCAUCAAAUGGUUAGCAUAUGGACCCGGUAUACUAGUGAGCUGUUAUGAAGGUUAUGACAUAAAUGGAUAUACAUUUUACACCAAGCGACAAGAUGAAAAGAGUGUCGUGCAAAAUAGUGGGGUUACACUAAUAGCAUUAUCAAAAGAUUAUUCAAGUGCUAAAGAUACUAAACCGAUUGAUGUUGCUAUUUGGGUUGAUAAUAGAAGAGGUGUUCGGUUAGAUGAAUUGGGUUUUACUUUGGUUGAUUUUGAACGGUUGGGUUAUCAUGAUGAAUCAUUCAUACUUGCAUCUCAAGCAAAACAAGUGUUUUAUGUUUCUAAUCCUGUUGAUAAGAAGUGGUCAAUUGUUUUACAAGGCAAAAGAUCUAUUGUUGGUGUUGGUGAUGUUGUGGAUGAAGAAGACUAUGAUCAUUUUGAUGAAACUCCUCCAUUUUCUGUUGGUGUUCAGUCUUUACCUUUAGAAGAAGAUAACUUUGAAAUAAGUUACAUGCGUAGCGAUCAUGAAGAAGGAUUGUGGGUUGACAAUCGGACAUCAUGA